AUGGCGAGCGAGACGACGGCGAGGACGUUCGCGCGCCUCGCCCGGGACGGCGCGGCGGUGGACGGCGCGAAGGGGUCGACCGACGAGACGCCGAGGGAUGGCGACGGGACGCGGGACGGGGGCGGGACGACGAACGCGGGGUGGUUCUCGUGGAUCGGGACGACGACGCGGACGCGAGCGCUCGGGACGUCGCGGGCGCGGUCGUCGAUUCCGAUGAGCCCGCGAACGGCGGUGCCGGAACAUCAGGCGAGGCGGGAGGGAGAGACGUGGACGUACCCGAGCGAGAAGAUGUUCCACGACGCGAUGGCGCGAAAGGGGUGGAAACCGGACCCGAGGGACAUGGCGCGGGUGGUGGCGAUACACAACGCGGUGAAUGAACGCGCGUGGGCGCACGUCAUGGCGUGGGAACGGAGACAUUGCGAUUCGUGUCCCGAUCCAAAGCUCUUGAAAUUUCGCGGUCGACCGCGCGAUUUCAGUCCGAAGGCGCGUUUACUCAACUUUUUAGGAUAUGCGCUCCCGUUUGAUCGACACGAUUGGGUCGUCGAUCGGUGCGGGGAGGAGGUGAGAUACGUGAUCGACUUUUAUAACGCCGUUCCGUACGGCGGGGCCGCUCCGGUGGCGAUGCAUUUAGACGUUCGUCCGGCGCUCGAUUCGCCGAGCGCGGCGUGGGAUCGACUCGUCGUCCAGUUCGGUUGGAUUCUUUCUGGGGAGUGGGCGAGAGGCAACGCACCUUAG